AUGCGGUCACUUUUGAGCCUUGUGCUCUUUCUCUUCGCGGCGCUGGUUUCAGCCGUGAGCACAGCAGGAAACCGUAUGCUGGUUGUGACGGACAGCCCAGCAGACAAGGAGGCCUACACAACCUUUUUCCGCGACUUGUCUGAACGAGGCUACCAGAUCACGUUUGAAUCACCAAAGACCGAAAGCCUAGCUUUGUUCCUGCACGGCGAGAGGACUUAUGAUCACCUCAUCUUCCUCCCCACCAAGAUCAAGGGUCUUGGACCCAAUCUGACUCCCCAGCUCAUUCUCGAAUUCGUCACUGCUGGUGGUAACCUCCUCGUCACCAUGUCCUCCACCCACGUCGUGCCUUCCGCUCUCGACGCCGCCCUCAUGGAGCUUGAGAUUAUGGUCCCAGAGGAGCGCACCGGCAAGGUCGUCGACCACUUCACUUACGACACCAUUUCCGCCUCCGAGGAUCACGAUGUCCUCGUUGUCGAUGCCCCUCGCAACAUCCUCCCCGGCAGAAAGGAUUACUUCGAGAUGCCUGGCGCAUUCCUCUCCGUUCCCCACGCUCUCGGCCACAGACUCGGCAAUGGUGAACUCAUCACGCCUGUUCUUCGAGCCCCUCCUACGGCCUACAUGUACAACCCCAAGGACCAGAACAAGACCAUUGAGACUGAUGAGCUGUUUGCUGCUGGUACACAGGUCAACCUCGUCACCUUCUUCCAGGCUCGCAACUCUGCGCGCAUUACUGUCAUUGGUUCCGCUGAGAUGCUCCAGGACAAGACUUUUGAUACAAAGGUUGCCCGACAGGGCGGCAAGCCUCAGUUCCCUGCUAACCGUGAGUUCGUCACCAACGUAGCUGCUUGGACUUUCCAGGAGUUGGGUGUUUUGCGAGUCAACAGCAUUGAGCACCGUCUCGAUGGCAGCAACGAGACCAACCCUGCGGGAUACCGCGUCAAGAAUGAUGUUUCUUACAACAUCUCCCUGUCCGAGUAUGCCUGGAACACCUGGCAACCCUACCACACUCCCGAAGACGAUGAGGUCCAGCUUGAAUUCACCAUGCUGUCUCCCUUCUGGCGCCUCCCAUUGAAGCCCAUUCUCUCCAACGACCACGAGACCAUCUACUCUACCAACUUUACCCUGCCCGAUCAACAUGGCAUCUUCAACUUCAAGGUCAACUACAAGCGCGCCUUCCUGACCUACAUCGAGAAGAAGAACACCGUCAGCGUCCGCCACUUAGCUCAUGACGAGUAUGACCGAAGCUACAGUAUCAAUGGCGCUUGGACUGGCAUUGCUGGCACCUGGGCCACCAUUAUCGGAUUCAUCUCGUUCUGCUUUAUUUGGCUGUACAGCAAGCCAGUCCCCAAGACGUUUCUUGACAAGAAGACACAAUAG